AUGUUAUUAUAAAUUUUAUUAUUGUGCUUAAUUAAUUGUUAAUAUGAACCCGUUUUGAUAGCUAGGUUUGGGAGAAGUAAAAAUAAAUUAGAAAAAAAUCCUGCUCCUUAAUUUGAAUGUGUAGAUGAAAUAGAUGAGGAUGAAGAAAAACCCAAAGAGUAUUCGAUUAAAGUUGGAACACUCUAUUAAUUAACAGAUGGAAGUUGGUUUUUAAAGUCCACUGAUCCUGCCAGUGGAUAAACAUACCUCAUGAAUUUAAACGAUAUUACUCGAGUCAAAUAUGUACCUAAGGAAGAGGAGGAUGAUGAUAAGAAGAAGAAGACUGAAGAGAGACCUGAAUAAGUAUUGAAAGAAUUCGAAUGGACUCCUUUGAUUGCUUACGAGAGUUUUCCAAGAAACAGAGGAGGACAUUCUAUGCAUGCUAUAGGAGAUAUAAUAGUUGUAUUUGGAGGGUGUUUUUUGGACAUAAAAUGCUUUGAUGAUCUUUUUCUAUUCGAUGCGAGAACUCGUGUUUGGACCUCUCCUAGAGUUUUUGGCAUUCCCCCAGUGGGUAGAACUGGAUUUGGAGCAUUAGUGAAUGGAGCAAAGCUCUUUAUAUUUGGAGGAUAUACAUUAUAGGGAUUGACCAAUGAUCUGUUCGUAUUUGAUCUAGAGAGUAAAAGUUGGAAUCAAUUGUUUUGGCCAGGCAUAGUUCCAACACCAAGAGCAGGACACAAGAUGGUUUUGACAGCCAUAGGAGGUAUAGUAUUUGGAGGGUUUAUGGGUGAGAGAUACUCAAACGAUGUAUACGUUCUUGACAUUGUAGGUGAGCAAUGGUUAAAGCCAGUUGUAAGUGGUGACAUUCCUAUAGGGAGGGAGAGUUUCUCAAUGGUUUCUCAUCACGGUGUUGUCUAUAUAUUUGGAGGGUAUGCCACUGGAGUCGUACUCGAUGAUGUAUACACUAUUAAUGAGGAUUUGACUUGGGAAAAAAAGGAACCAGCAGGCAAGGUGCCAUCUCCAAGACAAGGAGCAGCCUUGGCUGAAUAUGAUCAUAGAAUAUUUGUGGCAGGAGGGUGUAAUCCAAAGACAUACGAAUGCUAUAAUGAUUUAUAUGCUUUUGAUACUACUACAAAUCACUUUAGUACUGUGAAUGCUUUUAAGAAAAAGAAUUUAAAGUCUGUAGAGUUUGCAGGGAUGGCAUUUGCAGGUCAAUUGUUAAUUCAUUUCGGUGGGUGUAAAUUAGACAAAACAUGUAGCGAUUCACUGACAGCAGUGUUACUUAAUUCAAAUGAAUAUUGUCCUCCCUGUAGAAAUGGAGGAGUCUGCAGAGCUGGUCAUUGCAGUUGUCAAUAGGGCUGGCAGGGUAUAGAUUGUACAAUGAAAGUGUUAUGCAGAUAGAAUUGUUUAGGAUAAGGUACUUGCUUAAGUAAUGGGUAUUGCAGAUGUUAUCCAGGAUUCACAGGAACAGUCUGUCAAUUGUAAAUACCUUGUCCAAGCAAUUGUACCGAUGCUGAACAUGGAGAAUGUUAGUUGGAUGGGAAAUGCAAGUGCAAAGAAGGGUUUAGUGGUUCAACAUGUGGGGAGGAUCCUAAGGAGGAGGAAAAGAAAGAAGAGGAAAUAUGUAAGAAUAAAUGCAAUCGUCAUGGGAAAUGUAAUUAUUAUACAGGGUUAUGUGAAUGUGAGUAUGGAUUUAGUGGUCCUGAUUGUGCGGUUGUGUCUUCGUCUGAUGAGUAUAAAUCUAUCUGGUAGUUGCUUAAGGAUGAUGAUAACGAACCUGAAACAGGGACCACUAAUGUAAAUAUGCAGGAUUUCAUAUCAACAGGUCAUAAAUUUAAGAAACAGUAGAAUUACUAAGAAUCAUCUGAGGAUGAGGGGGAAGAAGAUGUUUAUGAUGAGAAUUUCGAUUAGGAGAAUGUGUUUAAGAGAACAAGACGAUCUUAGACCAAAAGUCUUGAGAGUAAUGACCAAAAUAUGACUAAUUAUUAAUUAACUAUGGUACCACCAAAGGCAUAAAAGGAGGAAGAUCCUUACUAAUUGAUGUUGUUGAGUGAAUGCACAAAAAGAUGUUCGGAACAUGGAGUUUGUAUUGAACAUGAAUGCUAUUGUUGGUUUGGAUAUUCUGGAGAUCACUGUUAGGCAUCUAAAAUAGGGGAUUUCUAUUUGGGAUGGAGAAAGAAGAAGGUUAUGAUUGCUUGUUUGAUAAGUUUGCUCGUGGGUAUGCUAAUUGGAUAUGGUGUUGUGAUGUUGAUGAAAAAGAGAGGAAAUGAUGACGAAUUUAGGAACAUGUCAGAAGUUCCUAGUUAGAAGAUAGAUGAUAAUGAAGGAGAAGUUGAUGAAAUAAUUGUUUGA